AGGUGGCAGUGUUGUAUUUCCGGGUUGCAAAAAUCCUCCCAUUUCUUCAUAAAAGUCUCAAAUUUAGUCGUUUUCUGACCAUCUAUCGACGCAAAUCGCAUUCAGUGACUUGUAACAAGAGGUGUAGCUAUGUCACGACAGGCUGGACGUUUCGGGGAUCCCCGUAAAGUGAGUGCUGAGUUGUUCACGCUGACUUAUGGCUCGCUCAUCGCACAGCUGAUGAAAGAUUAUGAAAAUGAUGUGGAGGUCAACAAGCAACUCGACAAAAUGGGAUAUAAUAUCGGUAUUCGGUUAAUCGAGGACUUCCUGGCAAGAUCGAAUGUUGGAAGAUGUCAUGAUUUUAGAGAAACUGCUGAUGUGAUUGCAAAAGUUGGUUUCAAGAUGUUCCUUGGUAUCACCCCAGCGGUGACAAACUGGAGCCCAGCAGGCGAUGAAUUCUCUCUCAUCUUGGAAAACAACCCACUCACAGACUUUGUAGAACUUCCAGAGGGCCACAGCAGUCUCAGCUAUUCCAAUAUGCUUUGUGGCGUACUACGAGGUGCUUUAGAAAUGGUACAAAUGGACGUGGAUGUGCGGUUUGUUCAGGACCAAUUAAAGGGAGACAAUAUCACGGAAAUUAGGCUAAAGUUUAUCAAGCGGUUAGAAGACGCAGUACCUGCAGGAGAGGACUGAGGAAAGGGUUAAUUGUGCGUGAAAAACUGACAUGGACAGUGAUGCAUUUCUGUGUUGUUUGAUGGGAUAUUUGAUGUGACUUGAAAGAUAUUGACCAAAAGUAUCAACACAUUUUUAAGAGCUCUAGUGAGAUAAAUUUUUAGUGUUAUAAUGUGGUUGCAUUGGCCCUGUUUUCAAUGAUAAGGGAGACUGGUUCCCGUCAUGGUGAUUAUUUGCAUUGAAAGGACAAAAUGAAAGCUCUGGUUGUCUCAACACAUUCUUGGCCUGCUUCUACAAGGCUGACACAAAAUGGGUCUGGGGUGAUGCCGAAAGAUAUUCAUGAUUUACAACAAUAUGCAUUAAAGCCAACCAAUGGUCUGGGUCAGAUGACUAUGUCCUAUGUACAAUCAUGCUCUGUACAGAUAUUGGUCCCACAUAGUGAGUUCCAUUCAGUUGAACCAUUUGGAGAGAAAAUGGACACCAUUAUUGUCAGUUUGAAGGAUGUCUGUAAUUUGUAUAUCGUAUUUAAGUGAGCAAUGGGUUUAGUUUUAUGAGUUGGUGACUCUGUGGUUUAGGUUACAGUGAAAUUUCUGAUCCGAGUGUGGCGGGGGAGGGUUUGAGAGGCUGGGGGUCGGUAUUGGACCUGACAUGGGAAGGAUGGAGUUCUUGGGUGUCAUUUACAGAGUUGUGGGCAAUGCUACUUGAGAUGGGAUGCGAAAAGUUCUGAAAAGAUUUGGAGGGAGACUGAGAGGCUAGGGGCAGUAUUGGACUUGACAUAGAGUUUUUGAGGGUCAUUCAUCAAUUAGUGGGCAAUGCUGAUUAAGAUGGGAUGCCAAGAGAUGUGUAAAGAUAUUUGGGGGAAGCAAGAUAUCAUGAUUGUGAAUCAUGUUGCACCGGUCUGAUGCCUGAAGAAUGAUUACAGAGAAUAGUGUUUGAAUAUGUUUGUUACUGAGAAUACUGUGUUGUAUGUCUUAAAGAUUUUUUUGCAGGACUUUCUGUUCUGUUCAUGUAAUAUAUCGUUUCUUAUUUAAUAAAGAAUAAACAAGAUAA